GCCACCUGUCAGUGUCCAUCAGUGCAUUGUAUCAGUGCCACAUAUCAAUGCCCAUGUGAGCUGCCUUUCAGUGUCACCCAUCAGUGCCAGUCAGUUUCACCUAUCAGUGCUGCCAAUCAGUGCCACUUAUCAGUGCUGCCAAUCAGUGCCGCCAAUCAGUCCCAGUCAGUGCCGCCUAACAGUGCCAGUCAGUGCCACCUAACAGUGCCAUGUAUCAGUGCUGCCUUUCAGUGCCCAUCAGUGAUGCCUGUCAAUGCUCAUCAGUGCCACCUACCAGUGCCUCCUCAUCAGUGCCCCCUAUCAGUGCCCAUCAGUGCAGCCUAUCAGUGCCCAUCAGUGCAGCCUCAUUAGCGCACAUCAGUG